GUUGUUGUUUCGAUCCGGUUCUAUCCUUUUCGCGUGCCAUCAGUGGCCCAACGUGCUCCGCAAAAAUGGCACUUUAUAAUUUCAAGAAGAUUAUGGUGGUUCCUACAUCAAAGGUACGUUUUUACACGUUUUACAAGUUGUUGAUGUGUCUCUCCAGAAAAUAGCGACUCUAAAUACUGAAAACAUACUGUUUAUCGGGUUUGAAUUAAAUAUCUGGAGAGAGACACGUGUUGUGCUUGGGAAGGGAGAGAAAAGCUACGCAUGACAUUCCUUAUUUUUUUGGUCGACAAAAUACAUACAAAUGCGUGUCUAGUGAUGUGAAUUGUUUGUUAUUGUAAAAUACAUAGUAUUGACAAGGUUUUGGUUUACAUUGACCUCGUUCAAUGUACUGAUUGCCAUUCCCUGUUUAUUUCACAGGAAUUCAUUGACAUCACUUUAUCGAAAACCCAAAGGAAGACUCCGACAGUAGUACACAAACAUUAUCAAAUUCACCGCAUCAGGCAUUUCUACAUGCGCAAGGUGAAAUUCACCCAACAGAACUAUCAUGACCGGCUCUCCCAGAUUUUGACAGACUUUCCCAAAUUGGACGUAAGUAAUGUUAUUACUUUGAAAGUCUUGUAAUAUUCACACACUAACAAGUUCCACUUUGUCCCAAUGAAUAUGAUAUUGUCUUCCACAGGAUAUCCAUCCAUUCUAUGCUGAUUUGAUGAAUGUCUUGUAUGACAAAGACCAUUACAAGUUGGCUUUGGGACAGAUCAACAUCGCAAAGAAUUUGAUUGACAAGUAUGAAGCUUACUUUUUCCACUUUUUUGGGGUUGCUUACACUGAUAAUGUAUGCUGGUCAAUUUGGAGCAGUCCCACUCAAAUGUGUUCUUGUUAAAGUGUUUCCAAAGACUAUGUUCGACUGAUGAAGUAUGGUGAUUCCCUGUACCGCUGUAAACAACUGAAGCGCGCUGCUCUGGGUCGAAUGUGCACCAUCAUGAAGCGACAGAAACAAAGCUUGGAAUACCUGGAACAAGGUAAUCUUUUAGUUAUUUACUUUGUUUGAUGAAAGGUGAAGUGUGCAUGUCUGAAAAUGGCUCCGGUGUGCAUAUGCUAGACGAUACUGCAGACAUUUGGCUCCAGUUGUCAUUGUUGUUAUGUUGUUUACAUUUUGUUAUUGUUGUUUUUACAGUGCGCCAGCAUCUUUCCCGUUUACCAACGAUUGAUCCCAACACUCGGACUCUACUGCUUUGUGGAUAUCCUAAUGUGGGCAAGUCCAGUUUCAUCAACAAGGUAUUGUUGUUAUUCUUUGUCAGUUCAAUGGUUGGUAGAACCUUUAGUGUUAAAAUACAAUUGUAUUGGUCACAUGCGCCGAAUACAACAGGUGUAGACUUUACAGUAAAAUGCUUACUUACGAGCCCAUUCCCAACAACGCAGAGUUAAAAAGUAAGACAAAUAUUUGCUAAAUAAAAAAGCUGAUAGUAACUCAAAAACAAUAACGAGGCUAUAUACAAGGAGUACCAGUACCGAGUCAAUGUGCAGGGGUAUGCGGUGGUUGAGGUAAUACAGUAUGUACAUGUGGGUAGGGGUAAAAGUGAUUAGGCAAUCAGGAUACAUAAGAAACAGUAGCAGCAGCAUGUGUUUUUGUGUGUUAGUGUUAUUUUAGUAUGUGUGCAUAGAGCCAGUGCAAAGCAAUUAAGAUAAAUAAUCAAGUGGGUCAUUGUAAAUAGUCUGGGUAGCCAUUCGAUUAACUGUUCAGCAGUCUGAUGGCUUGGGGGUAGAAGCUGUUCAGGUGCCUUUUGGGCCCAGACUUGCCGCUCCGGUACCGCUUGCCGUGCAGUUGCAGAGAGAACAGUGUAUGACUUGGGGGCUGGAGUCUUGGACAAUUUUUAGGGCCUUCCCCUGACAUCGCCUGUUAUAGAGGUCCUGGAUGGCAGGGAGUUUGGCCCCAGUGAUACCUGUAGCGCCUUGCGGUCGGAAUGCCAAGCAGUUGUCAUACCAAGCGGUGAUGCAGCCAGUCAAGAUGCUCUCAAUGGUGCAGCUGUAGAACUUUUUGAGGAUCUGGUGGCCCAUGCCAAAUCCAUUAGUUGUUUGGUGUGUUUAAGUAAUGUUUCUGCACCGUUUUAGCAGCCAUUGUUAGUGGCAUUACAACAGGUUUCUUGUCUGCAUUGCUGCACGGUGUAUCGAUCUUAGUUGGGUCGUUGUAAAUAAUGUUGUCAAUGACUUCCCUGUUAAAAUAAAGGCAACUAGAAAUAAAUGUGUUAAGGUUAAUUUGAAUAUCUUGGUGCGUAUGCAGAACAUGGAUAAAAGUCAUACAAUACAUUUUAGUAGUGAGAGAAAAGAUGUUGACAAAGCUGAACUCUCUUCCCCAGGUCACCAGAGCUGAUGUUGAAGUCCAGCCCUACGCCUUCACCACCAAGUCCUUGUUCGUCGGUCACAUGGAUUACAAAUACCUUCGUUGGCAGGUAAGAUGGCCUUUAUGCACUUACACGCUCCCCACGCCAGCUAUCUCCAGCUGGAAUAGAUUGGAAUAGUUAUAUAUUUGAUAUUCAUACACUUUCCCACCAGAUUUGUACUUGGUACGAAACUAGAUCACGACACAGAUACAUCAAGUACCCUUUGUAUGUCUGUAACCUCUUUAAGGAAUACCUGGGAUAGGAUCAAGUAAUCCUUCUACCCCACCCCCCAAAAACAUAAUUUUUUAUAGUUGUAAAGUGGUUAUCCCACUGGCUAUAAGGUGAAUGCACCAAUUUGUAAGUCGCUCUGGAUAAGAGCGUCUGCUAAAUGACGUAAAUGUAAAAUGUAAAUGUAAUGAGAAAUCAUGCACCACGCUGAACGUGUGUUGGAUAACCCCUACCACAAUAUCUGAGACCUUCAAUAAAGUACUCUAGAUAGUGUUAGUUUCUCUCUCAAUCACGAGUUGUAGAAUAUGAUUAACACCUGAACCAUUUCAUGUGUAUAGCUAACUCUAUAUGUGGCUGUAGGUGGUUGACACCCCAGGGAUCUUGGACCACCCUUUGGAGGAGAGGAACACCAUUGAGAUGCAGGCCAUCACAGCCCUGGCCCACCUGCGUUCUGCUGUGCUCUACGUGAUGGACGUCUCCGAGCAGUGUGGCCAAACCCUGGAGCAGCAGCUCGAGCUCUUCAACAACAUCCGGCCCCUCUUUGCCAACAAGGUCAGAGGUCAUGUGUUAUGGAGGCACCAUUGAUUACUUUUAAGACUGCAUCACAAAUGACACCCUAUUCCCUUUAUAGUGCACUACUUUUGACCAGGGUCUAUAGGACUCUGGUCAAAAGUUGUGGAUUAUAUAGGGAAUAGGGUGCCUAUUCAUGUGUUAUGGAAGCACCAUUGCUGACUUUUUAAAUGUAGCGCUAAGGUCGAUAGUUUUAAGCUUGUGAGUUACAGUCAACAGUUGUUCAGAAGUCAAAACCUUUCCCUUCUUUUAAAGCACCCUGCUAAAAUUGUGGGGGUGGAGCCUCUGGGCUUGGCUCUUGCGGGCAUGUGAGCACGGGUACACCAAGGAAGGAGAGAAAAGACACAGGGUCGCAAGUGAGGCUAGGACGGACCGCUUUCUUAAUGUCCAGUGUCCUUUGUCUCAAGGCUCUGUGCUACAUUAUUUCUCUGAAAAGGGCAAGGCAUCAUUAACCCUUUAGUCCCCAGUAGAAUUCUAGAAUGCUGCUUUUGAUUACUGAGAAUUUUCAAGUUAAAGCUAAUUUUCUCACACAUUUCAAACAAACAGACAUAGCUCAAGAACAAAUGACAAUUACAAGUGAACUUAGUUUUAAAGAGCUCUACCUCUUCUUUAAUAUGACAACACAUUCAUGUCAAUAGGAAUAACACUCAUUUUGUAAAGACCCACACUAUCAAAAAACUAACACAACACAGAACCCUAGAGUAUUUAAAUUGUAGUAAAUUUGACAAAAUUACUCACUCAAAAUGUACCAAGUAUAAUAUAUUAUACUUAUAAAUAUUAUUUUCAUAUAAAGAAAUUAUCCAACAUGUGACCAGAGGACAAUAUUCAGAAAGUAUUUCAAAACCCACACAAAGUAGGCUAUUUGAUUGACAACUAGGUGACCUCUCUCAAUAAGAUUUAGUACAGACCAGGCCUGACACAACAUGUAGAAAUAGUAGCCUGCUUUGACAAUUCAGUGAAUGCAACAAGUAUUAGAGACAGAUAAAGAGAGAAGAUACAAACGCAACAACUGUUCAGAGACAAUAAAAGAUUUGUAGGACAAAUUCAUAUUUCACAAUGUCACUUUAGUGUUUGCAUUUAGCCUACAACAUAUCAUGGAACUUCUAGAAGCACUGCCCCAUCCUGCAAAGUGGCACAGAACACAUAGAGCACCCAAAGGUGGUUUCUACACAUCUCCCACUCUUUGCCCUGCGUCCACUCCAGAUGCACACCACACAUCCUCUCUUGUGCCCUUCAAACUUCACCUGCUUUCAAAUGAGUUACAACUCGGUCCACACGCCCUGGUUCCACACUCUUGGCUCCCCUCUUCCUGGCACACAUACUUCCACCAUUUUCUGCCUGAGCGUCCAACAUUGUAAUAGCUCUUCAGUUGGUCAAGACGGUCAACCCCUAGAGGAGUAACAAAUAAGAUACAAUUGUGGUCAGGAACAUCAUUUACAUUUUAGUCAUUUAGCAGACGCUCUUAUCCAGAGCGACUUACAGUUAGUGAGGGCAUACAUUUUCAUCAUCUUCUCUCUCGCUCUCCCCACUCAACUCUUGCUUUCUUGCCUGACAGACUAACUACAGAGUUCACUAAUGUUAGCUGAUUAGUUAUGAAGCUGGGACAGUUUCCAGAUGAAUUGCAUUGGUAAAAACAGGACAAAACAAGCAACUUGUUAGCUGACUAUGGAAACAAAUAUCCAACUCAUCAUAUGAGCUCCACUGCGCGGACAUCUACUACCCCAACGCAACAGCUAAGCUGUCAAAACGAGGCGAUGUAUAUCCUAUGAAUAUCUGCACCUAGCAAACAUGACAAACCAUAAACUAAGCCCAGCAGAUAAACACAAAUGACUCUAGCCUUCAUUUCGGUGGCUAGUUAGCUGGUUGUCUGUAUUGCUAGCUAGGGAAAGUGACAGCUGAGGUUGACGCUUCGUGAGCGCAGCCCAAAUUUACCGCUACACACAACUUUUCUUUCCUGACAGACUCCCUGCCUGUGCCAUUAAACCCCUACAACUCAUCCAGAAUGCCGCAGCCCGUCUGGUGUUCAACCUUCCAAAGUUCUCUCACGUCACCCCGCUCCUCCGCACACUCCACUGGCUUCCAGUUGAAGCUCGCAUCUACUACAAGACCAUGGUGCUUGCCUACGGAGCUGUGAGGGGAACGGCACCUCCGUACCUUCAGGCUCUGAUCUGUCCCUACACCCAAACGAGGGCACUGCGUUCAUCCACCUCUGGCCUGCUGGCUCCCCUACCUCUGAUGUACUAGCCGGUACCAACCAAGUUAUCAUGACAUGACAGGACUUGCUAAUCUGAGAGCUAUUCCCCAAGUUUCACAGCAUCAAACAUCAACCACACUAAACGUAUAUAUGCUGUUUACUUAUUUCACUCACCUCGACAUAAUCGUUUUUCAAAGUGCAAGGACGGGUCCGAAUCCGUAUCACCAACCAACAUAGAUACAGCCUCUUUCACAGUGAAAAGUCGUGUCUGCUUUGGCGCCGUCUAUAAUAUAAAUAAUAAUAAUAUAAUAUGCCAUUUAGCAGACGCUUUUAUCCAAAGCGACUUACAGUCAUGCGUGCAUACAUUAUUAUUUUUUUGUGUAUGGGUGGUCCCGGGGAUCGAACCCACUACCUUAGCGUUACAAGCGCCGUGCUCUACCAGCUGAGCUACAGAGGACUAAGGCUGAGCUAUUUGACUAAUUAAGUUUAUUUAAAAUAUAUAUAUAUAUAUAUAUAAAUAAAAAAAUGGAAAGUCAAGUGACAGCGUACCCUGUUUCUGGUUUCACGCAUAUAUGACAAUAUUAUUGUAUUUUUCCCUCUAGCCUUUGCUCAUUGUGGCAAACAAGUGUGAUGUCAAGAAGAUCAGUGAACUCCCUGAGGAAGACCAGGUUCGUAGUUUUGUUCAUGUUCAUUAAUAUAUUCUCUAUCUUUACUUUGGCUGUAUUUCUUACCCCAGUUUACUUUGUCAUUCACUUCCAAGAUGGGACUUGCUAAUCAGGGUUUCCUGCUUUGUUUCCUCAGAAAAUCUUUGCUGACCUUAUUGCAGAGGGCAUCCCUGUCAUUGAAACCAGCACUUUGACUGAGGAGGGAGUGAUGACUGUGAAAACAGAAGUGAGCAGUCUAGUCCACUCUUCUGAUUACUAACAAUUUGUUAGUAACACAUUUUUGUAUUUUUUUAUAUAAAUUUGUUUAAAAUAAAUCGUACUCAUAUUUUCUUCAAUUUCAGGCCUGUGACAAACUUCUGGCCCAUCGUGUCGACGGCAAAAUGAAGGGAAAGAAGGUGCAUGAUGUGCUGAACAGAUUGCAUUUAGCAGUGCCUGCUAAGAGGGACGAGAAGGUACACUAAAUACUGUACUUCAUGUAGAGGUGUACAUCUUUCCACACUUAGUAAUUUGCCGAAGUUAAACAUGUUUGCAAGUCAUAAGCAUGAUUUGAUUGUAAUGGUAUAUACAUUUGGAUGUGAACAGGUGAAAUUGAGUGUGUCCUUUUUUAGAAAUGCUUGGACUGUUUUCUCAACACUAGGCAAGACCACCGUUCAUUCCAGAGGGAGCUAGGAUUGGCAGGAAAACAAUGCAGGUGGAUGCACCCAAACGCAAAACGGUAGAGCCAUACUAAUACUAGUAACAGUUGUGGAAGGAUGAUAUUGGAAGAGCCUUGGAUGUAGUCUGCGUGGGUUAUGUUGUGGUAAACAUGCAUUGUAAAGAGCUAGCUGUCUUCCUAAGUAUUAUUUCAUGAUUACCCAUUUCCAUCAUUGAUUUACAGGAGAGAGAUCUGGAGGUGGAGAUGGGAGAUGAUUAUAUCCUGGACCUACAGAGUAUGUAUUUUGACAUGUCAUCAACUUUAUAAAUAGCUUGUCUGAAAUGAUAUUGUGUACAUGGUUAUCAGCACACUUAUUUGGUCCAUUUUCUAUAAUACGUGAUAUUUCCUCCUUUUUUCAGAAUAUUGGGAUCUGAUGAAUCAAGAUGAGAAAUAUGAUGUGAUUCCUGAAAUAUGGGAGGGUCACAACAUUGCAGAUUAUAUCGACCCUGAAAUCAUGAAGGUGAGUGGGGCGUGAAACCACUGAUGUUGGCGACCAUAGUUAUUGAUGACCAGUAUGGAUAGGAUGUAGUGUUCUGCCACUAUAGCCGCCAACAUUGACUGAAAAAAGAUCAUUGACUAGAAUGGGGAUGCCUUUCUAGUGAUUUCAUGGAACCAUAGACUUGAAUGGGGAUGCCUGUUCUAUUCAUUCUAAUUCUAUGGCCACCACCUCUCCUAACAUCUCUCUCAUGCCCAUACAGAACCUGGAGGAUCUGGAGAAGGAGGAGGAGCUGAAGGAGAAGGCAGGGGAGUACGAGACUGAUGAGGAGAGCGAGGACGAGGAGAUGCAGGAGAUCCGUCAGCUGGCCAAACAGAUCAGAGAGAAGAGGAAGCUGAAGAUCGUCUGCUCCAAAGACAAGGAUGUGCAUGGCCCCAGACUACCCAGAACUGUCAAGAAGGUGACAUGGACAACUUGUUUAUAUGCAUAUAACUUUUAAAGUUAAUCUUGUUUUAUUUUCUGCUUUACUAAUCACUGGGCCAAAAUGUUAAACAUUUACAGGUUGAAAGAAAAACCCUGGAGAAAGAAAUGGGAGACCUUGGUCUGGACAUGACUGGCAAAGAUGACGUAAGUUGCUUUUCAUUUAGUUCUGUGCAUGUCAAGUAUAAUAUCUUAAUACAAGCUACAGACUGUAUUCUAUAUUCACACAUUGCUGCUCAUGUCCUUUCAGAGCCACUAUGCAGUGAAUGCCCGUAGAUCCCGGAGUGUUGGUGUUGCCAAGAAACGUAAGCGUGAGGCGUCUGUAGUUCCCACCUCUCGAACCCGCAGCCAGAGUGCCUCUCGUCCCCCACGCGACCAAUCUGGUGUUCGUGAUCCUAAGGUAUGCGAUGUAGGCUACUCUAUAUUUUCUUGUCAUCAGGUGAAAUGGUUUGUGUUACAAAUAUGCACAAUGCAUAUUGGGAAAGUGUUAGUCCCCUGGCUUAAAGAAACAUAAGCUUUGGAGAUGUUAUGAAGAUUGUGUUUGUCUGAAGUGGCACCCUAUUCCCUAUUAUUGGCCCUGGUCAAAGUAGUGUCCUAUAUAUGGAUAAGAGUUCCAUUUGGGACGCAACCUGUGUUUUGCUGAGGAUUUACAGAAAUUAUGAUUUCCUAUAUAGAUGGCGAAACAGGCCAAGAAGUUGAUGAAGAACCAACAGAAGGACAUGAACCGCCAGGGGAAGAAGGGAGAGGCAGACAGACAUGUAUUCGACCUCAAGCCAAAACAUCUUUUCUCUGGCAAGAGGAAGUCCGGAACCAACGAUCACAGAUAA